AAUAAAACAUUUGCGGUGGGUUUGUAAAAGCUGUUUUUAUGCAUGUUUUGGCCUGAGUUUUGACCGGGUGGAACCAUCAAUCCCGGAACCUUUUAUCGCUGCUGAAGCGCAUCGGUCACAUUUAAAGGUUGCACAACAUCUCCACAGGAUCAACACAUUCUCAUCACGUGCUCUACUGAGCUUCACUUCUCUGAGGGUUUGUGUUUGGAGCUGUGAACUCCUGCCAUGGGCAGAUUAAGAAAGAAACACAACUGGAAAGGCAGACAGCAGAGCACUUCUGCGCAGACAGCUGCUGCAGACAGACAGACUGAUGUGCAGGUGGAGAUACAAGAUGGAGCCAUGCUUAAAGGAGUAGACGACUGCAACGCUCUUGUCCUGCCCGCCACCAAAACCAAGAAACAAAAAGUAGAGCGUCCUGUAGCCAGGAAAAAAGCCCUGACAAAGAAACAGAAGAAGAACCUGGAGAAAGUUCUGGAGCUGAAAGAGAAAAAAGCCCAUAGAGCAGAUGUUUUAUCUAAACUAGCUGAGGUUCAGCUGCCCGAUUCCGAGCUCAAACUGCUUUACACCACCUCUAAACUCGGCACUGGAGACAAACUCUACCAGACCAAAGAAUCUGUGGAAGAAGAUCAGAAGGGUGAUUCAGCUCCUGUCAGGAUCAGCAGUGUGAGAGCAAACAGAAAGAGAAGAAGAGCGGUGGAUGAUGAUGAUGAUGAUGAUGAAGAAGAGAGAUCUGAGAAGUCAGAGACAUCAGACGAGGAUGAUGGUGAGGGCUCAGACUCGUCUGAGGAAGAGGAGGAAAAACCACCCGAGGAAAAGCCCACAGAAGAGCCGCGGCUGCUGAGAGAGGAGGCGAGACAGAAAGAGACUGACGUGAAGAAAGAUGAAGACGUGAGAGAGGGAACGCAUAAGAAGGAAGACUGUAAACCUGCCGUGUUUAUUCCCGUGGAUCGGCUGCCGGAGAUUCAGGAGGCUCGUCUGAGGUUGCCGAUCCUGGCGGAGGAGCAGGUGAUCAUGGAGGCGGUGAGGGAGAACGAGUGUGUGGUGUUGUGUGGAGAGACGGGCAGCGGGAAGACCACACAGGUGCCUCAGUUCCUGUACGAGGCGGGAUACGCCAGCUCUGGUGGUAUUAUUGGUGUGACGGAGCCCAGGAGAGUGGCGGCGAUCAGCAUGUCUCACCGUGUUGCCACGGAGAUGAAUUUACCCAGCGGGGUGGUGUCUUAUCAGAUCAGGUACGAGGGGAAUGUGACUGAAAACACAAAGAUCAAACAUUAACAAACACGCACCACUUAUUAAAUAAAAUCAAAAGAUUUCCUGCUGCAGAAAUACCGUGUGGUCAUCAUAGAUGAAGCGCAUGAGCGCAGCGUCUACACCGAUAUCCUCAUCGGCCUCCUGUCACGCAUCGUCCCUCUCCGUAACAAGAAAGGCUUACCCAUGAAGCUGAUCAUCAUGUCGGCGACGCUUCGUGUGGAGGACUUCACCGAGAACAAGAGACUCUUCCGAACUCCUCCACCGGUUAUCAAGGUGGAGGCCCGCCAGUUUGCGGUCACGGUUCAUUUUAAUAAACGCACACCAGUGGACAACUACACUGGAGAAGCUUUCCGUAAGAUCUGCAAGAUUCACCGUAUGCUGCCGCCAGGUGGGAUUCUGGUGUUUCUGACGGGUCAAGCGGAGGUUCAUUCUGUGUGUCGCAGACUCAGGAAGGCUUUCCCUUACAGACCCCACCGAGAGCACACAGAUUCAAUGGAAACAGAAGAAGAUCUGAAGAAGGCAAAAAGAGCAAAGAAAAAGAAGAAUAUGGUAUGAUGACAUGUAUUCUAAGAAGGUUUUGCUAACAUUUCCAUUCGAGGUGGGGAUAGAGAGUUAAGAAGUGGAGAAGCCUGUAAUGAGGGUUCAGACCUGGAGCUGGAGCUGGAGCUGGGAGAUCAUCCAGACAGCGAUCACGAGGAGAAGGCCGAUCCGUCCAUCCCGCUGUAUGUGCUUCCUCUCUACUCUCUGUUGGCACCUGAGCUGCAGGCAAAGGUCUUCCAUCCUCCUCCAGCUGGAGCGCGUCUGUGUGUCAUCGCGACUAACGUAGCCGAGACAUCCCUCACAAUCCCCGGCAUCAAGUAUGUGGUGGACUGCGGUCGAGUGAAGAAGAGGUUUUAUGACAGAGUGACGGGCGUCUCCUCCUUUAAGGUCACCUGGAUCUCACAGGCUUCAGCCAAUCAGAGGGCAGGAAGGGCGGGCAGAACCGAGCCGGGCCACUGCUAUAGGCUCUAUUCGUCCGCUGUGUUUGGAGAUUUCAGCUUGUUUUCAGAGGCUGAAAUCACACGGCGUCCCGUCGAUGACCUCGUCCUUCAGAUGAAAGAUCUCAACAUUGAAAAGGUUGUGAAUUUCCCGUUCCCGACUCCUCCCUCAUCCGAGGCACUGAUCUCUGCCGAACAGCUCCUGAUCUCUCUGGGAGCGCUGGAGGAACCGCCUCGACACGGACGUGUGGUUGAGAUGGAGAGGGCGCGUCUGUCGUGUCCCAUAACCCCUCUGGGCCGCACAAUGGCCGCGUUCCCCGUAGCACCGCGGUACGCUAAGAUGCUGGCGCUGGGCCGUCAGCAGGGCUGUAUGCCGUAUAUCAUCACCAUAGUGGCUGCCAUGACCGUCAGAGAGAUCUUUGAGGAUUACGACAGGCCUGCGGGCAGCGAGGAGGAGAACACUAAGAUGGCAGGGAAGAAAGCCCGAAGUGUUCAGAUGAGGAGGUUAUGGGCGGGUCAAGGACAGUCAGUCCAGCUCGGAGAUCUGAUGGUUCUGCUGGGGGCGGUUGGUGCUUGUGAAUUUGCGGGCUGCACUCAUCAGUUCUGUGAGGAAAACGGUCGGUACAAAGCCAUGCUGGAAAUCUGAAGACUGCGAGGACAGCUGACCAAUGCUGUGAACGCCGUGUGCUCUGACGCUAAUCAGAUGGCUCCUCCGACAGAGUCUCAGGUGCUGUGUUUACGACAGAUCGUACUGGCAGGUUCAGGAGAUCACAUCGCCAGACGAGUGCAGGACGAGGAGCUGCUCGACCCCAAAUGGAGGAAUGGCUACAAGACCCCUCUGCUGGAUGACCCAGUGUUCAUUCACCCAUCAUCUGCCCUUCAUAAGACGCUUCCAGAGUUUGUGGUUUAUCAGGAAAUCAUGGAGACCACCAAGAUGUACAUGAGAGGUGUUUGUGCCGUUCAGGCUGAAUGGAUUCCGAAGCUCCUCCCACAAUACUGUCACUUCAGCUCUCCGGAGGAAAGCCCCGCCCCCUGGUUCUGCCCACUGAGCGGCCGAGUGAGGUGUCACCAGCAGAGCACCUUCUACAAAUUUAAAUCUAACCUCCAUUCAAUCGAGAUGGAUUACCCAGAGGGCCUUGAACAUUACAAACUGUUUGCGAAGUUUUUCCUGGAGGGCCAGGUUUGUCCCAAGAUUCAGCAGUACAGCAGAUGUUUACUGUCGUCACCCUCCACCAUGCUGAAGACGUGGGCCAAACUGCAGCCGCGGACUGAAGCUCUUCUGACGGCGCUGGUGUCAGAGAAUGUCAACAACAGAACGUCUUUAGAAGCUGCGUGGAAGAAAGAUGAAAAAUAUCUGCUGUCAGCGUUUUGUCAGUGGAUCCCUGAGUCUCUUCAUGCAGAGGUCAGUAAAAGCUGGCCACCGAUCUGACCUCUGACCUGUCUGACCACAUGCCGACCAGCGCUGGCCUUUUAAUCAUGAACGCAGCAGGACACACAUGCUGUAAGACAUUUAUAAUGAACAGGAUCUUCCUGCUUGUGCCUCAUUCUCUGACAUCACACGGAUGGAUUCCUCUGAAAGCCUGUGGACAGAUGAAGAAUUCCAGUGUAAAACAAUGUCAAGAUCUCACGCCGGCAUGCAGUACAAACUGGACUUUUGUAAAAAUCUUCAGAUCAGAACACCAAAACAAAUAAACUCCUCUGUCUUUAAACAA